GUGGAUAUUAAUUUAUUUAGGGGAAAGAAGGGGUUGAGGGACUGAAGUUGAGGGGAGAGGUGGAAGCCGGGGAGACGCAGGCACGGGUAACCGAGGAGACUGAGACCAGAGGGCCAGGGGGCACCGGGGGCUGAGGAAGAAACGAGGCACGGGAGAACUGGGAGGAUGCCGUGGGGAAAGUCCGAGGGGAGAGGGCAGGUGAGCGAGCCCAGCCGACUUGACAGAGGACGAGGAGGGAAAGAAGACGUAAUAGUCUUAAUAACUGAGAUGGAUCUGCGUGAGCCAAAAUGGAAAUUCUUUGCUGUCAGUGUGCUGCUGCUCACACUGUACCCCAGUCACACUUCUGCAAACUACCUGAAGCAACACCUGGAUGAUUGUCUGAACGACAAUGACUACGAUGAGCUGCUGCAGACUGUGCAGACGGGCCUUCCAAAAACUAAAACACCUCAUCAUGUUGUUAUUGUUGGAGCUGGCAUGGCUGGACUGACAGCUGCCAAGUUACUGCAAGACGCCGGACACACGGUACAUACACACACAUACACAGAUAAUAUUUCUACCAAAAUAUUUGGGGGUUUGGGGGCCUGCAGAUUAACCCAAUAUGGAGUCUAGGGGGAAUAAAUUACAUGCAGGGCUCCUUUUAACUUCUCCCUAACCCCUGUAACCACACUGGUUUGUGAUAAUUUGCAGGCCAUUGGGAAUUUUGGACAGGGGGACAACAUUUUCCAAACAAUUUCAAAGAAGCUCUUGGCCAAUUUGA